AUGAGUACAUCAUCUCGUCAGUUCUCUUAUGAACCUGAGAUUUUGUAUGAGUUUACAUGGGCCCGAGAUCUACACAAGACUGUGUCUCGUAUUGCUGGUGCCUUGAACUUGCCAACAACAUGGGGGAUCAAGACAUUAUGCCAUGAUAACACAGAAGCUCGGCGAAUUAUUACCAUGUGGUCGGACCGGCAGAUCAAGACUGAGUUCAGCGUGUUCAGCGGAGGAAGACGGGAACUCUUGUUUCAUUCACUCUGGCGACACGUUCACAGCGAAUAUGAGGAUGCCAUGGCAUCGCCUGUGACUGGAACUGACGAGAUCCACUACCUUGCAUUCCUGAAAUGGUGUAUAAUUCAGCUCAUGCGUGUUGCCCCAACGAUAUUCCCCCACUGCAAUUUCGACACGAGUCCCCCGGAACUUGAUGCAUACGACUUUUUUCAUUCGCUCGCCAUUCUUCGUUGGACACAUGUUAAUCAGGUAUUACAGGAGACCAGACCAUACAAAAUAAUAUACGCAGCUCCUGUGAUGUGGCACCGCGAACCUGGUACCGAAAGACUUAAUAUUCCAUCCCCAUCUCUCAUCCCCAUUGAAGAGGUACCAACACUACCGCACUCCGCAAACACGCUGGAGCCUAGGAAUGCGCUUCCGGCCACCUCAGGGCGCAACAAUAUCGGUUUCCCUAAGGAACGAACCCUCGGGGAUUGCCCCGGCGCUCGUGAAAUGCUGUAUCAGUUUGCUGGCAAGCUAUGCGAGCAAUUUCAGCAGGUUCGACUCUCAGUGGAGUCUGACCAAGCUGAAAAAGAUAAAGCCAAUACCCAGUUCCCUGGUAUCGAUGGACUGGUCGAGAAAUAUGCCCAGACAAUUGAACGGACCUACAUCGGGUGCAACGCGGCAAACGAUCAGGCUCUUGUACAGCUCGCCAGCCACUGUGCUCAAAUGGGAAACCAGAGCGCCAGAGAGACAGGCCGUGGAGAAGAGGUUGGCCCUGACCAAAACACUGGCCCUGAAGUAAAGCACUCCGGCAAACGUUUCCAGGCCGCUCCAAAGACGCAAAUCAGCCGGUGUAAUAGUGGUGUUUCCAAAGGCAGCACUCGGCCAUCGAAAGUUCGCAACACAGGAUCGAAUGAGCGUACACAGGCGGUAUUUAACUCGGCAUUGGCAAGUACAUUGAGUUCGCCAGAUCAGCUGGAUGCAGUCAAGUCAAACGCAACAAUCGAGUUGGACUCGGUAAUCGAAAUUGAUUUGACCUAA